CGUCAACAUCACAUACCGGAAGUAGGAAGCUCAAACCGAAAAGAGCGCCUUGAAUCAAAAGUGGAAACGUUACCUGAAGUGUACUCCUGCUCACCGGGACCAUGAGUUUCUCCCCUGGUCCGUCCGGGCCCCUCGGGGGCACCAGUAUCCAGGAGCAGAGGGACCGCUGGGAGAGGAAACGUAGCCGAACAGCCAGAGAGUUGGUGCUGACAGAACAACACUACUGCCAACAGCUGGAGCUGGUCACUACUUACUUUGUGGAGAUCUUAAAGGCCAAAGGAACGCUGAAGCAGGACAUUAGAGAAGGCAUCUUCAGUUCAAUUAAAGCCAUUCAUUCAGUAAACCAAUCUCUGCUGGUCCAUCUGGAGAAUGGCUACUUCGGCCGAGGCUUUGACCAGAUGUGUCCACAUCUGCACCACUACAACACGUAUAUGGACAACAUCUACAAUGGCAGCAGAGUGCUCGGGAUCCAGCUAAAGAAAAACAAGCCCUUCAGACGCUUUAAGAAGCUACAGGAAGCCCGACCAGAGUUCCACAACCAGAAGCUGGAGGAUUUACUCCAACUUCCCAUUCAGCGGAUCGAUCACUCAGCCCUCUCUGGCUCCGUCUCUCUCUUCACACUUCCCAUCAUCAUCAUUGAUUCGUCUGUCGUUUUCGGGGCGGUGGCCGCGGUGAACGAGGUGUCCAAGCGUAUCCAGAACAAUACCCGGCGCCAUGAGAACCACCUACAGCUAUGCCGGGUGCAGAAACUGCUGAAAGGGCGAAAGACGAAGGUGUCAGCUGCAGGGAGGUGGUACAUCCGCGAGGGCUGGCUCAAGGUGGUUCCUCCUAAAGGGGCGGACGCUACGCCCAAGAUGUUCUUCCUGUUCUCUGACAUGCUGCUGCAGGCCAAGCACUGCAGCCCGCUGCAAUUCACCAACAGAGACAAGUUUGCCGGCCAGCACGCCUUCCCGCUGCAGGACUGCACUGUGGAGAAGGUGUUUGGCCACACCAGGAGCCAGGGAGGCCUGCUCAGCUUAACCUUCCCCAAAGCCAAACUGCUGCUGAUGUCUUGCAACCAGGAGGAUCUCAAUGACUGGUACCAAAGCCUGAGCUCAGCUAUCGGGAAGCUGCAGUCUAAGCAGACCGUAGUCCAGCAGAGAGACGACGAGUUGUGCCGGAGACCCCUCCGAUCAGCCGCCGACAGCCACAACACGCCGAGCAGCAGCAGGAAGAGAAACAUGGUGAGCUCUGAGACCAGUGAGCAUGCUCAGAAGCCUCCAGUUGAGGGGGAGGGCAGCGCCCCCAAGAGGAUGAAGCAGUGUGACGCUCCAGAGCAGAGCAGUGCAGAGGCGUCCUCGUCCAGCUGUGUGAUCCUCUGAGGGAUGGAGAUGACGGUGGAUCCUGCACCAUCACCUCAGACCCACUCUUGUGCUCCACUCGGUUUUGCCAAAUACACACAAAAGCACUUUUUACGGUGCAAGUCAGGAGAUUCUGAUUAUUACUAACAGCAGCUUCUGCUCAUCCUGGACGUGAAACUCUCUCAAUCUGCUGCUUCAAAGUCCAAACAUGUGAUGACUGUUUAACUGGAAGCGGUUUGCUCCAAACACCCUUUUUUAUGAAUUCAUGUUGUCUUUCCCCUGACUCUUAUAUUUUGUCUAUUGUCUCCUCACAUUUGGGAAAAACACUAUUAUGAAAUAAAUAGACUUUUAAAAAAUGUCUCAUUUUGAAAUAACAAUAGUUAUAAGGGACUAUUAUAUUAAUUAUUAUCUUAUAAUGUCUUAUUUUCUAUAUAAUAGUGGUCAAUAUAAUCCAGAGUCUAGGGUAGGUCAUCUUGAGAAACUCGCAACAGUAUGCUUGAUUUAAAGAAUGGUCCAACUGAAUAUCCAGCUAGUGACGUAGUGAUAACGUAGUGAUGAUGUCUCUUUUCCAGUGAACGUAUUUACAGCACGAGCUGACAGAA